GAGGACUGUUACAACAUGGCGGCAACGUCGAACGUCGGACUUUGAUUUCUGGCGGACUGGAUGUGGACUUUUUAAAGUGGAUUUUACACGAACAUUGUUUUAUACCACAAGGCAAAAGCUGGAAAGCACCUCAUUUAUUCCUGGAUGAACCAGCAAUUUUAACAUUUAGAAAAAGUUUAAAGUGUUUUUAAGCAAUUAUUACUGAUGUUUUGGAAUUACCCACUGCCAAGAUAGUCCAAGGUGACAGUUCUAAGAUGACAGAGGAAAACCAGACUUGCCGCAUGGCGUGUUCCCCCGAACAGGCUCCUGUUUAUGGAGGUGGGACUAUUGUCGUAGCAUUCUCAGACGGAACAGAGUUCCCACCUGGAGGAGAACUUUACCUUGUGUUUGAAGGGUCAUGUGAGAGACAUGUGGUGAAAGCCAGACAAGUCAAUGAACAAACCCUUCAUUCUCUCAUACCAGCUCAUGACACAGCUGAGACUGCUCAGCUAAGGAUAUACUUGUCUCACCAGGGAAGUUCCAGCGUUCUCGCUGCCCGCCAUUUUGAAUACUAUUACGACACCGCCCAUCACCUGGCCUGGUUCCUGAUUGACAGCGUCACUGAAACCCAUGCCUUAGAAGACCUUGAACUUGUUCGAUCAGAGUGCUUUGAUCUGGCCAAUGAAAUUCUCUCCACUUUGGACGACAGACUUUGCCAGGCUUUUGAACAUUUGACUUUACCAGAAAAUUGGAAUGUGUUAGGAGAAGAUGCAAACGAAAAUGAACCAGAAUCAAGAGACACAUUGUUUCACUUUUGUGCACGGCUGGGACUGGAUAAACUGGCCAAUUUCCUAUUAGACAAGCCUGGCAGUGAGGCAGCUCUUAAGUUACAUAACAGGCACGGAUUUACACCCAAAGAAAUUGCUAUGGAAAAUAACUUCCAGGGUCUUACUGAACUUCUUUCUGGGUGCAACACUGGACACUCACAAAGUCAAGAUGGGCGGAGGCUGGAGUUUGAAAAGGGAGUGUUUUACCAGACAGGAAAUGGAGUGACCACUUUAACAACAAUUCAUGAACAUGUCCAGAGAACAGUCGAACAAGACAUUCAGUCUCUGAGCAUUAUUGAAGAGCGUGUGCGGUCCAACAGUGAGCAGAACAUUAACCGAUUUCACCAGAGGCAAUUUGAGACAGACUGGCCUGUCAGGGCACGCUCAUUAUCAGAAGGUAUAGUGCAAGAAAUUAUCUCAGACACCCUCACCAGUGAGGAACAAAUUGAAGGGAAAGAGCAAAACACUAAAGAAACUGGCCAAUUUAAUGAAGCUUUGUCCGAAAAUGGCUCCACACAAGAAACUGAGGUGAUCUCAAAUGGAUUUACGAAAAACUUAGAACAGGACGACGAAGAAGAAGAAGUGUCCAGCACUCUGCCAGAACAGGCAGACUUUACCGAGAGUUUGCAUAUUUCAGAAGAGGACGAAACUCCGGAGGGGGACGAAACUCCAGAAGUUGAUGAAAUUCCAGAGGCCAACGAAACUCCAGAAGUGGAUGAAACUCCAGAGGAUGACAAUUUGUUUGAAGAGGAGGAAGUCAAGCACCUUGUUCAAGCCCCCGUUCAAACAUCCUAUAAGCCUCAGCUAAGCCCUCAGUCGCCACGCAUGGUUGAGAUCCCUGAGGAAACCAUUUCCAUGCCGGUCUCAUCCAAUCAGAAUACAACAAGUGUCUUAGAGGCCAGUUUAAGACAGUUACGAGGGAUCAAUACUGGGUUACAGCGGAUUCGAACCAACAAACUCCAUCAAACCGUCCUUCAGGAAUUCCGACGAGAAAAUCUCCAGCGCUUCAGCUCAUCGUGUCCCUCAUUAGAUGACCAAGGGAGACAAUCACCACUUUCUCCUGUCCGAGAAGAAGACUAUCACAAAUCUAUGCUGGACCUUAUACAAGAGGCCGAACCUUCUGCUGCCUCCUUACUACCAGAUAGCGUGAGCGAACUCGAUCCAGAUACCAUUGAAGCAUCACAGUAUGAGACACAUCCGGUGCGAGAUGGCGUGGGGACACAAGAGUCCGACGUAAGAAUCUUUGUCAAUGAUGUUACGGUGGACAGCACUGAAGAUGGUAACCCGUCAACUGCUGAGGAAAUUCUCCAGGAGUAUGAGCCUUUAAAGCGGCGAGAACCUUCUCGCAAAUCGGUGCGUAGACGAAGCUGGUGUCCCGACUCAAGAAUGCGCAAUGUAGUUCAUGAUCAGCGAAGAGAUAUCAAAGCAGAAAUGCUGAAGACAAAUGGAAGAAGCUUAAGUUUAAGUAGCCUGGAGAAUGGCUUAGUUUCGGAGGAAGAUGAUUCAUUCCAUGAUGCUCGGGAGAACCCAACUCCCAGCCAAUCACAAGUCAGCCUCAGCAACAGCCAAAUGAUACAGCCAAUGGACGAAGACCUGUCUCCAGGGGAAAUGUCUCCACAGUCUAGGAUUGGUGGAAACUCUUCAGAUUGUUUCCAUGAGCUAGACCCUGGUCAGCAGGCGUGGAACGUCCAACCACGCUCAGAGCGAUCAUUUUCCACCAGUGCCAGUCUGGACACGUCUCCUAGUUCCCGUACACCUACUCAAGAUAACAAAGCAAUGUCUCCAGUGAAAAUGCGUGCUCAAGCAAUAGUAUCGUCUCAAGGGUCAUCUCUUGACAACGACCACAAGUCGGCGGUGAACAGUCUCGUUGUACCACAUUCCAGUCUGAUGCAAAAGUCUCGAUCAACUCCUUCCCUCCCUGAGGCGGCCAAUAGUCUGAAACCGAGGCAAGAUGUUCAAAUGCGAAAAGAUUCACCCACUAAGAGGAAUGUCAGAGAUAAGCAACUAGCUCGACCCGUCAGUAUAUUGGACAAACAUGUCUCCCUGCGAAACGCCAUUGCUGAGUACGACGCUCAGUUUCGCAGACAAGAAGAAGUUGAAGAGGAUGAAGAUGAAACUCUGAAUCAACUUUUGAAAAAUGAGGAGCACAAAAAGUCUCAGAUGUCCCUCACAGAUUUCCUGAAUGAUGGUACAUAUGAUAGCGAUGAAAAGGUGAAGUCUAAAGAAGAGAAGAAGCGCCGGCCAAGUGUGUUCUCCAAAUUAACUCGAGGAAGUCAUCGAGGCCGAAAGAGCAAAGAUAAGGAGAACAAACAGAAGGGACAGACACACCAGUUUGUCUCGGUGUCCUUCAGCAAUUCCACCUCAUGUAAUGUUUGUGGGAGAAGUCUGGCUAACAAACCAGCCCUCAGGUGUGAAAGCUGUAUGAUUAACGUUCACGAAAACUCCUGCAAGGAGCAGAUUGUGCCAUGUCCAAAGUUCAAGCAGCCAGCCAAGGUGCCCCGUGAUGGCAAUGGGCCCUUGGCGCAGGGCAAUGCACCCAAGGAGAAGCCGUCAAUUUUCUCACAAGCCAGCUCUGGGUUAAGAAAUGUGCCAUCGUUUAAGGAGAAGCGGUCAGUUUCGGCUCCAACCAGACAACAGCAGAUGCAAUUUCUGGAGAAAUAUAGGCCUGUUGGAACAGGUCUCAAUAGGAGCAAUACAACACCUACCAGUAAGGUAAUAAACGAGGAGGGUGAAAAUGAUAACAUGCAUAGACAGGAUAUGGAAUCCAAUAUGCAAGAUACUCUGUCAGUCUCCAUGGAGUCAUUGGAGGAAGGUACAUCUCAGGUGACAGACUUUGAUGAUGACCCAGAGUUAAUGUUGACACAGGAGGAGCCUGAAGCCUGGAGUGUUACUGUUGACAAGAAGACAUUGAAAAAGAUGCAUGCCAAAGAUAUCAAACGCCAAGACACAAUAUGGGAACUCAUUCAAACAGAAUUAAAUUAUUGUAGAUCUCUGAAAAUUUUGCAAAUGAUGUUUUCCCGGGGUAUGCUUACUGAGCUUCACAUGAGUCAAGAGACAGUUGAUAAACUGUUCCCAAACCUUGAUGACCUCAUCGACAUGCAUAUGACCUUUCUGCGCAGUCUUCGUCAGCUUCAGUCGCACCAUGCCGACAAAAGUAUUGAUGAAAUAGGUCCUACUUUAGUCAAACAGUUUUCUGAUGAAAUGGGAAGUGGAAUGAAAGCAGCUUACGGAAGAUUUUGUAGUCUAAAGGAGAAAUCUGUUCAAUUGUACAAAGAUUUUCUAAAAAAUGACCGAAAAUUCCAAAAUUUUAUAAAGCGAUGUAAUAUGAAUAUAUUGUGUCAGAGACGGGAAAUUCCAGGGUUUUUACUUCACAUCUCACUGAGAAUAACCAAAUAUCCUAUCCUUAUAGAGAGUAUCCUGAAAACAACAAAAGACAAGCGUGACAGAGAGAGCUUGAGUCAGGCAUUGUUCCUCUCGAAGGCCCUAUUAGAAGACGUGGACGCUCAAAUCGAUGCAUACCAGAGAGAGCAGAGAUUGCUAGAGAUUUACAACAAGCUGGAGGGCAAGUCCACUGUUUACUUCAAGGGCAAGAGGUUCAAGAAAUCUGACAUUUUAUCACGGAAGCUCAUUCACGAAGGAGUGAUAAGCUGGAAAAAUGCACGUGCAAAGCUUGUUGAUGUGAUAGCAGUAGUCCUCUCAGAUGUGAUCAUCUUCCUACAAGAAAAUAAUCAGAAGUACACAUUUUUUUCUCAAGAUAAUAAGUCAUGUGUGAUCUCGCUGUACAAGCUGUUGGUGCGUGAGAAAGGCGACACUCGUGACAGUAAAGGUGGCAUAUAUCUGAUCUCACAAAACAAAACCGAGCCGGAGAUGUAUGAACUAGUCUGUAAGCCCAGUGAUAAGCGAGAAACCUGGAUCAAUGCUGUCCGCACGGCGGCUGAGCAGUGUCCAGAAGAAGAUGAAGCUGUUCCCUUAGAGUGUGAUGAAGAGAGGAGACUGCAAGAAGCCAGAGCAUCCAAACUCAAAUAUAUCAUAGAGCAAAUGCAGAGGAAGGAUCAGGAGAUUAAAGCUUGUUGUGAUGAGAAGAACCGACUGUUCACAGAAUUGCUGGAGCUGUAUACCAAGGAAGAACCGCCCAUGUUGAAAUUGAGACAGAAUGAGAAAGUCGAACAGCAAGAGGUUGGGGAUGUGCUGCAGGCAGCCAUUCAAGAAGCCUCUCGCUUGACUGUAAUGCUGCAAAGUGGAAAUGGUCCAACUAACCUCAGCCGAAGUGUCAGUAGUGCAGGGGAGCACGUUAGUGCCUCGUACAUGACGCCGCCGGUGCCAAAGAGAGCUGAAACCUUUGCUGGUUUUGACAGCCAUGAUGUUCCCAAAGUUGGAGUUUUGAAGAAGCGUUACGGCACUCAGGUGUGUGGGGAGGACGAGCGGUCAGUAAGUCCUGUCCAGUACUCCGGCCGUGAAGUGACCAGUGGAGAGGCAGGGUCAGGGGACAGUCCUAACUACAAGGAUGCCAGUCCAUUAUCUCAUCGCCAUAGCUCUCAGCCUCCCCAGCCGUCCCGCCCCCUGGGUGACCGGGACGAGCCAGAUGGGCGUGGCUCUGACCCUGACAUUGACCAGGACGUCCUGGGAGAGUUGCCCCUAUCAUCGGCGGCUCUGGUGCCCCCCAGCAGAGACCAGGUGGUGUCUAUUGCUCAGCUGGCACAGUACCUCCACACCAUCGUGCAUUUAACGGCACAGCAAGGUACAGCUGUAGAAAGUUUACGGGCGCAGCUUGCCGAGGCAAAUGAGAGAAUCAACAAGUUAUCUGCAGACAUGCACGAUCGUAAAAAUGUGUACCGUCAUAAUCAGCUGGAGGAACUAAGGAAUCUACAGGCUACAGUAAGCAGAGACAGAGCCAAGAUUGAUGGAGAAAAAGCCAAAAUCUUUGAAGAGAGGCGUCAGCUUGAGCAAGAUAGGGCUGAGUUGGCUGCCAAAAAAGAGGAACUCCAGAGGCAGAAAGAAUUCUUACAGAAGCAAGUGGAUUUCUUUAACGAGCACCGGGAGACUUCCACAACGUCUGCUGCGGAUAAGAAACCUCCUCGGCCCCUAAGUGGGACAGCUCUGGGUAAGGUCCAGUCGUCCUCAAGCUUCUACGUACCCUCAGGAUUACCCAGCGACCAAAUCUCCCAUAAGCGGUCUGCAUCCGCAGAGUACCCACAUACUGGGGGCCUAGAAGCGGCAGCCAGCUCCGGACCUACGUACAACAAGCACGUAUCCCAGCCUGGGGGUUCGGGCCGCGACAGCCAUGCUAGACCCAUGCACCGCUUCUCUGUGGCCAGCUUCUCGGGCACCCACGGGCCAACGGACGCCCAGAAACCCCAGCAGCAGCUUCCCAUGCACCUGCUCAGCUGCACAAAUGAACAGAGAGUUGGCUCCGUUAACGCUGUUCCACAAGGCGGCAGUGUGCAGCAGGUCCUGCCCUUCAAACUCGCCAGUAAUUCCGGGGGCUCUCCCGCAGCUCAGGGAGGUGCUGGUAGUGCUCAGGGCCAGGCUUCCCAAGGCUCACCCAAUCUCGGCCUUCCCACCCACCUCUCUCAGUCAGGUCCCAAAGUCAGCAGCUCCACUUCAUCCAGUUCCGGUCUGGGUCAGGUGAUGAGAAAUCGGUCCCUUCUGAAGCUAGCCGAGCCAAUCUCGGCGAGUCGGGCACGAACGACCAGCCAACCAAAUGUAGAGAAGGUGACCAACCCAGGCAUGCCUGCAGAACAGCAUUCUACACCUCAACAGUCUGCACCUUCGGGAGAAAUCUACUUUUAAGGUUGUACCUCACCAAGUGCCAAGACCUAUAUUUAGUGGAUUUCAAACCAUUUUCCAAUUUCAACUGUAGAACAGUUCAUUUGUCAAUUCAAACACAUUCAUUUUUGAUGAGUCUUGAUGAUGUUUAAUUGGCUGAACAGGUAAACAUUCUACUCCCUUAUAGACAAGCAGAUCAAUCUUGGCUUGAUCGGACCCUAUGGAUUCCUGAAGUCUGUGUGUUCUCAAGAUGGGUUUUGAUGGACUUGCUGCGUAAAAUGGUAUUGAGAGGAAGAAAUGAAGAUGUGCUCUUCUGUGGCUUCAUACACUAGGCCUUUUUGGUCUUUGUUGUUUACUGUGUCCACCUUGAUAGUUAUCAAGUCUUAAAUUGACUCAGCACAAUAAGUAAAACCUAUUAAGGACAAAGGGCUUGCCCAUUUCACCAGUAGUCUUUUAUUUGCGGUACUGUUUUUUUCUCCUUUACUUGGGAGAAAUUAGGUCUUUCAAAGCAUCCGAAGUCAGAUUUCUAUUUUAACCUUUACUUAAAUCAAAGAGACCUGGAGCUGUAUCUAUCUCCAUUUUUUUCACAUCUAGUUUCUUGCAUACCUAAUUGGAACAUUUUAAUUUUUUUUUUUUGAAUUUGACAUUUUGGUGAUGUUUUAAGUCACGAUACAAGAGGCAUGCAUAUAUUUAUAUUUGAUCACAAGACCUCCUGAAUGGAAAAAAUAAAGUCUUCAGGAGAUAUUAUGCAUGGUUUAUUAAUGGCAAAUUUGAUAGGUAAAUUGGUUAUCUACAUAUGCUAUCUGUACGCACCAGGAUCUUAUAGAGAGGGUACACUAAGGAAGUCAAACUGUGCAAUGGUUUAAUUAUAGGAUUUGUAAUCAUUUUACUCAGUCCUGAGAUAAAAAGGACUUUGAAAUUGUGUUAAAUUAUAUCUUUGAUUAUGUAUUUAUUACUAUAUAUCUACAUGCUUUUAAGUUUGUUUUGCAUUUGUGUGUGUAUAAUAAAUGUGUUAUAUUAGAGCUGGUCUCAAGCUGAAAUUACUAUUACUGUGUACAAAUUCAUUUAAUGGUUGUUAAUCGGUUGGUGUUUUUCUGUUUUGUUUUCCCCUUUACAUUCACAAAUGUAAGAAUGGACUUUUCAGAAGUGUAGUAAAAUGCAGUUAACUCAGUUAAGACCAAAAAUAACUUCUGUUGUACCUGAAAUAAAAUGCAGUUAAUGGCGAAUCAUUCCCAGGUACAGUAAUCCUGGUCCAAGCUUUAUAGUCUGCUGCCCAUUCCUGCUUUUUUAUGAGGUUUUUGGAGUGAAAUGGUCACGUAUUACACAUACAAGAGAUUAACGUUCCAUCCAGCUUGGACCUAAGUCAACAUUGAAAGGGAAAAGAUGCCACAUUACUUGAAUUGCAAAAGAAAAAAAAAAUCACUUGUAUUCUUCAAAUUGAUUUAUUUGAAUGGUUUACAGGAGUACUAUCCCUACCUGUAUCUGAAGAGUAGGAUGUGUAAUCAUAAAGCUGUUGGGACUGUUUUCCCUCAUGAUAAUUUUGAUAGUUCUGUUAAAUUGUUUCUUAAAAGAUUCUCUAUAUUUUUACUGUAGUCCAAAAUAGCCUUUUCGCUGAUCCCUGGUCUGUGUUUUGGCAUUUCUGAGAAUUGUUUGUCUGUUGUGUUUGUUAAUUUACUUCUACUGUAUCCCAGUCGGUCUCUAAUACAUGCUCUAGUUAGGAAGAGAGGUGUAUGGCCUGUUAGUUACAUUACUGUUUCCACCCCACCCCCACCCCCCACCCCCAUUCUGCCCUCAUGGCAUAAAUCGGUCUUCCCUGUGAUUAUUUGUUUUUCUUUGUAAAUAUACAGAACCCCACAUAAUCAGGAACUCUGCUAACUAAACCAUGUUUUGAAGCACUGAAAUUGCACAAAGCUGUUUUAUAUGUGUGUCAUGGGUUGCCCUGGUGGAGGUAGAGUUGGGUUUAGUGUGGUUCAGGUCUGUUCAUUGGAGUGUGGCUUGUGCCAUAUAUAUUGAGUCAUUCUCUCUGUCUUAAUGGUUGGCCAUUUUUACGCCAGUAAGCAGACAGCUUUAUGCCAUAUUGUAUAAGUAAUAACGUUUUAAAAACAUUCUUACAUGUAAUAUGUACUUGCCCAUGGGCAGCAAUAUGCAGUUUAAACUAUACAGACAAUUUUUCUAACCUUUUCUGGAAACACCCUUGUAAAGCUUCUAUCAAAGUGAUAUUUUUUCUAUCCGGUCCUUUUUAUGUCUGUUUGUUUAGUUUUCUUCUGACACUGUACUGUAGAAAGGUGCUUGUACAUGGCGUCUGUACUUCCUAGUGCUGCUGUGAUGUAACUUCUGUAUAAACACGUCUUUGUAAGCGGCUUGUGGUUCGUCAAGGAGAACUCCUUGCCCCUGUUUUUUUUUCCCUUGGGCUCAAAGCCUCCCCUCAUGGAUGCAAUGUUCUUUGCAGAUUUUUAUAAGGUUUACUGUAAACUCUUACAUUUGUUCCUUGUUCACCUUAUAUGAAGAGCAGCAGCAGUUAGAAGCAUAUUUAUAACCGUGUCCGUAUAGUUUUUUUAUGCAAAUUUCGAGGUAACUUUAUAUCUGAAAAUUCCAAACCAAACUGUCUUGUUAAAAAUUACAUAGUGGAACUGAAUAUUGUCCAGCUAAUCAGGAAAAUUUGUUUAAAAUGACGUAUUUUACUGCCCAGACUUCUAAGUGUUGUUUACCAAGAUUCAGUGGUGAGUCUUCAAGCACAGCCUCACCCAAUGCCUUUACCCUCUAGAUGUGCUUGGGAUAUAAAACGUGAACUCCAAUCUGCGGUUAUAUUCUGUGAUAUAACUGCAGUGGUAAUGUAUUUAAACCAUUGGACAUUGCCUGUAUCCUGUUAGGGGAUUUCGCCUCGCGUGAUUCCUUUUGUUUCGCUUUAUAUCCCACACGUGGGCUCCGUACAUGGAUUAUGAUGUUAUCAAGUCGCAGCGACAAUUACAAUUGAAUAAUUGUAUGUGUAAAAAGCCUGUACAUGUAAAAAAAAAAUAGACCCACUGUAGUUUGUAAAUGAAUGAGGUCAUUUAUAUAAUGUCAACAAAUUAAAUAAAUGUACACAAAAC